CAAUUCACUUUUUCUUAGGAUAACCUUAUCCACAUAAACAACUCAAGUUCAUGCACCCCAAGUGUUUGUAAAAUGUUCCAAUAAUCAACUGAUGAAAAAGUAACAUAUAAUUGCUAUUUCGAAGUUUAUCAUACAUACACAGUUCCAAAUUCCAAUGGCAUCUUCCAUCAUCUCACAGUACCAUAGCCUUAAAGAUAAUCAUAAUCCAUUAUCUUUACAUCAUCUUGAUCCUUAUUAUGUUCAUAACAACACACAAAUCCUUAGAAGCCAUUCAUCAUCCACUUCAAUUUCUGUUGGAGUGUUAGAUAAGAAGCCUCAUUUUUCUGAUACCCUAUUUGCCCCACGAAACCUUUCUCCAUGCUUUCACUUUUUGGAUGAAUUGUGUGAGAUAAGGGAUUUGAAUUCUGUGAGGGAACUACAUGCACAGAUACUGAAAAUGCCAAGAAACAAAGGUGGUAGUAGUAGCUUGGCCACAAUAGAUGAAACCGUUAUGAGAUACUAUUUGGAGUUUGAUGAUUUUGUGUCUGCAAUAAAGGUUUUCUUUGUUGGUUUUACGAGGAAUUAUCUUCUAUGGAACUCUUUCUUGGAGAAAUUUGGAAGUUUUGGAGGUGACCCUUAUGAGAUUCUUGAUGUAUUUGGUGAACUGCAUAAGAAAGGUGUUGAAUUUGAUAGCAUAGCUUUCACUGUUGUUCUGAAAAUUUGCUUGGUUUUGAUGGAUUUGAAGGUUGGAUUAGAGAUUCAUGCUUGUUUGAUAAAGAGAGGAUUCCAUUUUGAUGUGCAUUUGUAUUGUGCAUUGAUCAAUUUGUAUGAGAAGUGCUGGGGUGUAGAUAGAGCAUACCAAGUGUUUGAUGAAGCGCCCCAGAAAGAAGAUUUCUUGUGGAACACGAUAAUUAUGGCGAGCCUGAGGAGUGAGAAGUGGUUUGAUGGCUUAGAAUUGUUUCGCGGCAUGCAGUUAUCUUCGGCUAAAGCCACUGGUGGCACCAUCGUCAAGGUGCUGCAAGCAUGUGGAAAAUUGAGAGCUCUCAACGAAGGGAAACAAAUUCAUGGAUAUGUUUUAAGGCGGGGAUUAGUGUCGAACAUGUCCAUUAGCAAUUCCAUAAUUAGCAUGUACUCUAAGAACCAUAGUCUUAAAAUGGCUAGAACAUUUUUUGAUUCAAUGGAGGAUUAUAACUUGUCAUCUUGGAACUCAAUUAUUUCAUGUUAUGCUGGUUAUGGCAACUUGGAAGAUGCCCUGGAUAUCUUCCAAGAAAUGGAAGCUUCCGGCAUUAAACCAGACAUUAUAACUUGGAAUUCUCUUAUGUCGGGUCUUCUUCUUCAGGGUUCAUACAAAGCUGUUCUGGCCAAUUUCCAGAGCCUGCAAGUCGAAGGCUUGAAGCCGGAUUCGGGCUCGGUAACUAGUGCACUACAAGAUUUGAUGGAUAUGUAUAUCAAGAAUGAUGAGUUACAUAAAGCUCAAAAAGUGUUCCAUCGCACAAAGAACAAAAACAUUUGUGCUUGGAAUUCAUUGAUAUCAGGGUACUCCUUCAAGGGCCAGUUUAGUGAUGCUGAAGAACUAUUGAACCAGAUGGAGAAAGAAGGUAUAGAACCUGAUAUAGUUACAUGGAACAGUUUGAUUUCUGGUUAUUCAAUGCAUGGCCGAAGCGAGGAAGCUAUGGAUGUGAUUAAUAGGAUGAAGAGUUCAGGAUUUUCACCUAAUGUGGUUUCAUGGACUGCAAUGGUAUCCGGCAGUUCUCGGAACAAAAGUCAUAUGGAUUCCAUCCGGUUUUUCGGCCAAAUGCAAGCACAAAAUGUAAGGCCUAAUUCUACUACUAUUUGCAGCUUACUUCGAGCUUGCUCCGGCCAGUCGCUUCUAAAGAAAGGCGAAGAGAUACACUGCCUCUGCAUAAGACAUGGAUUUAUAGAGGAUAUGUACAUAGCCACAGCACUCAUUGACAUGUAUAGCAAGGCAGGGAAGUUGAAAGUAGCAUGCGAAAUUUUCGGAAGAAUAGAGGGGAAAACACUUCCUUGUUGGAACUGUAUGAUGAUGGGAUAUGCUAUUCACGGCCACGGUGAAGAAGUAAUUUCUCUUUUUAACAAAAUGCUCAAAACUGGUAUCAUCCCUGAUUCUAUUACCUUCACAGCUCUUCUAUCCGGCUGCAAGAAUUCAGGUCGAAUCAAUGAUGGAUGGAAGUACUUUGACAGUAUGAGUACAGAUUACAACAUUGUUCCAACAAUUGAGCACUAUUCUUGCAUGGUGGACCUUCUUGGAAAAUCUGGUUUUCUUGAUGAAGCUCUGCAUUUCAUCCAAACUAUGCCAGUAAAGCCGGAUGCUAGUAUCUGGGGAGCUCUUCUUGCUUCCUGCCGAAAUCACAAAAACAUUAUGCUAGCCGAGACUGCGUUGAGGAAUCUGUUCAAGCUAGAGCCUUAUAAUUCUGCCAACUAUGUUAUAAUGAUGAACAUAUAUUCGGCUUUAGGCAAAUGGGACGACGCGCAGCGCCUUAGAGACACAAUGGUUGCUGCAGGGUUGAAAAGCCCUGGUGUUUGGAGCUGGAUACAGGUAAAUCAAACUACUCAUGUGUUCUCUACAGAAGGGAAAUCACAUGGAGAAGAAGGCGAAAUAUAUUUCGAAUUAUAUCAGUUAGUUUCUAAGGUGAAGAAGCUAGGAUAUGUGCCUGAUAUAAGCUGUGUGUAUCAAAAUAUUGACAACAAUGAAAAGGAGAAGGUUCUUCUGAGUCACACUGAGAAGCUAGCUAUCACAUAUGGACUCAUGAAAACAAAAGGUGGAUCACCUAUCAGGGUAGUUAAGAACACAAGAGUUUGUCAGGAUUGUCACACAUUAGCCAAGUACAUUUCUUCGGCCGAAAAUCGCGAGAUUUUGCUCCGAGAUGGCGGCCGUUUUCACCAUUUUGUGAAUGGAAAAUGCUCCUGUAAUGGUUGUUGGUAACAAUAAGCACAAGCAGAUCAUUCUUUUUCUUUGUUCAUAUUCUCAUAGCACACCAUAUUCUUUUGUAUGCUAUGUGUUCAUGAUGGAAAAAAAAACCUAAACUAAGGGAUGAGCAUGUUUUUUGGUUUUUCACACUAAAUAUUGGUGUAAUUUGUUUUUGUGUAAUACUUUUACAUACAUAUACGGUAAUUGGUAUC